AUGACAACUCGCAGAGUCACAAGAGCAGCUAAAGCUGCAGCUGAAGCCGCGUCUCUUCCAGUAUCAAGCGUUUCGUCCACCAGCCUGCCAGCCAAGUCCAAGCCCAUCCCCAAAGCCAAGAAAUCAUCACCCAAACCAAGAGCUCGAGCAAAAGCAGCUACAAAGCCAAUCUCACCAACCGAAGCCCAAACCCUCAGCUUCCCAUCAGCCUCUCACUUCGACACCUGGCUCCUCCAAAACUCCUCAACCCCCUCCGGGAUCUGGCUGCGCUUCAGCAAAAAGGCCAUCCUCGCCCAAGUCCCCUCUGUCAGCUACCUAGAAGCCGUCGACGUCUCCCUCUGCCACGGCUGGAUCGACGGCCAACGCAAGGCCCUUGAUGAAAACUUUUACCUGCAGCGCUUCACGCCUCGUCGCCGCCGGAGUCUUUGGUCUCAGCGCAACGUCCAGCGCGUCGAGAUGCUGACGGCAGAAGGGAGGAUGAAGCCCGCGGGAAUGUUAGAGGUGGAUGCUGCAAAGGGGGAUGGACGGUGGGAGAAGGCUUAUGCUGGACCGGCGACUAUGGAGGUUCCUCAAGACUUUGCGAAUGCGCUGAAAGAGAAUGCCGUUGCAAAAGCGGCGUUUGACGGACUGAGCCGGGCAGAUAGAUAUCCGUUUCUCUGGAGUAUUACGACAGUCAAAAGGGCAGAAACAAGGGAGAGGAAGAUUAUAGAGUUUGUGAGCCUUUUGGCCUCAAGACAAGCAUUAUAA